GGUGUUCUGGGUAAUAUUUCAAGAUGUCAGCGCCCAUGAAGUACAUUUCAAAUUUACAUUUAAAAACAAUAAAUGCUGCUUUUCGAGCUCAAAUAACAAAGAAAAACAAAUGUAAUUUGGUUAAACGAUUACACCACUGUGAAUCUAGCCCGUCUCGACGGGGGCUGAUUGUUGGAGCUUAUGUGACGGAAGAUAAACAUGUUGAACUUACCCCAACUGCAAGGGAAAUAGAUACAAAGACUGGUGGAAAAUUAACACAACUUGUUCAAGUUUGUGGUGGAGAUCUUAAGCAAGGGGCUUGUCGUGUUCUUCAUGGAGCAGAUGACACAUACACCAGCAUCAGUCUAGUUGGACUAGGGAAGCCUCAACUGCCAGCCUAUGAUGAAGCAGAAGGAUGGAAUCCCCGAAGUGAAAAUGUCAGAUCUGCUAUAGCUGCUGGUGUAAGGUCAUUACGUGAUGUGAGUCAAAAAAUUGAGAUUGAUCCCUGUGGAAAUGCAGAAGCUGCAGCCGAAGGGGCAGUUCUGUCUCUCUUCAAUUAUGACCGUCAUAAAUCUGAGAAGAAACCACUUCCUGAAAUUGAAUGCCAUUCAACUGAUCGUUCAGCAGUACAGGGUUGGAAAACUGGGAGAAUUCUUGCUGAGGGUCAAAACUUUGCAAGGUCGCUAAUGGAGACGCCAUCUAAUCAUCUUACACCACUGAAGUUUGCUGAAACUAUUCAGGAACAAAUAGGAAAUAUAAAAGGGGUUGAGAUUACACCCAGGAAUGCAGAGUGGGCAAAAGAACGGAAUAUGGGGUGCUUUCUGGCUGUUGGGCAAGGAUCACAAGAGGAGUCUGUAUUCCUUGAAGUCUCAUAUACUGGGAGUGACGAUUCAUCUGCCCCUCUUGCCCUUGUAGGAAAGGGUAUCACAUUUGACACAGGAGGCAUUUCUAUCAAACCCUCAGCAGGAAUGGAGGCCAUGAGAGCAGACAUGGGAGGAGCUGCUUGUGUCGCAGGGACUCUUCUCUCUAUAUCUCAAUUGCAGCUACCUAUUAAUGUUAAAUGUGUUAUGCCACUAGCAGAAAAUAUGCCUAGUGGUUCUGCUAUUAAGCCUGGUGAUGUAGUGACAGCAAGCAAUGGAAAAACUGUUCAGAUAGACAAUACAGAUGCUGAGGGAAGACUGGUCCUGGCAGAUGCUCUGUGUUAUGUACAAUCCACAUAUUCUCCUAGGCUUAUCCUGGAUAUGGCCACUUUAACAGGUGCAAUAGAUGUCGCCUUGGGCAGUGCUGCCACAGGUGUGUUUACCAACUCUUCUCCCAUGUGGGAUCUCUUACAUAAGGCUGGUGCCAAGACUGGAGACAGAAUGUGGCGAAUGCCUCUAUACAAGCACUACAGUAAGCAAGUCACUGAGUGCCAUCUGGCUGAUGUGCAUAACAUUGGCAAGUACAGCAGGGCUGGUGGAUCAUGUACAGCGGCAGCAUUUCUCAGGGAAUUUGUGACAAAUGACCAAUGGCUGCAUCUUGAUAUCGCAGGUGUCAUGGAAAAUAAGGAUGAAGUUACCUACCUCAGCAAGGGAAUGGCAGGUCGGCCAACACGGACUAUUGUGGAAUUCAUCAGAUUAUUAGCACAAUCCAAACAAACCUAAAAGAUAGGCAUGUUCAUGCUUUCAUAUAAUAAAAAAUGGUUUGCCGAAGUUUAUAUGUAUUUGUGAUCAUUAAAUGAUGGCCUUGGCCUUGUGAGUGCAGAGCAGUGGACACAAAGUUGAUACUCCCUAUGCCAAGAAUUGUCUGAAAACUUGAGUGUAUUUAUCCAGGCGAGACAUCUUAGGGUUAUCUCACAUGGAACAGUACAAGAAAGCAUUAAAAUCUCAUUUGAAAUUAUAUUUUCUCCUGCCUCCACCUGUACCUUUAGCUUGUAUUCGUGAAUGCUACUGCGUUGAUAGCAAUUUGAUGGCAAACUCAUUUA